GAACGGGACGCCCCCACCGCCGCCUUUAGACCGGGAGGAGCACACUCUGAGACUAGGAGAGAGCUUCGAGAAAAGCCGCGCUCCUCCUUCCACACAGUACGAUAUGAUUUUAAGCCAGCCUCUAUUGAUACCUCCUGUGAGGGAGAACUUCAAGUCGGCAAAGGUGAUGAAGUCACUAUAACUUUACCACAUAUCCCAGGUUCAACGCCUCCUAUGACUGUCUUCAAAGGAAAUAAGAGGCCCUACCAGAAAGACUGCGUGCUGAUAAUAAACCAUGACACUGGAGAAUAUGUCCUGGAAAAACUAAGCAGCAGCAUACAAGUUAAGAAAACUAGGGCUGAGGGGAGCAGCAAGAUACAGGCUCGCUUAGAACAACAGUCUGCUCGUUCUUCACAGCCAAGCUCCCAGUUUAAGACCCCAUCCAAACCAUCUACCGGACCUAAAACCUCUCCAGUGAAGGAUCAUCCAUCUCCAGAGCCUCAGCUUGAUGACAUCAAGAGAGAACUGAGAGCAGAGGUUGAUAUGAUUGAACAGAUGAGCAGCAGCAGUGGAUCCAGUUCGUCUGAUACAGGAAGCUCCUCAGGGAGUGAUGAUGAUAGUUCUAGCAGUGGAGCAGAAGAUGACACACACACAUCCCCUUCUCAGCAGUAUAGCAAUCGGACAUCUGUCUCCAAUGGUACCAACAGAGCCCAGGGAUCAAACCAGCUUAUGAACACUCUUCGAAAUGACCUUCAGCUAAGUGAAUCAGGAAGUGACAGUGAUGACUAA